AUGCAAAUUCGUUUAAAAAUUAACGAGCAGCAGCAGCAUCUUGAGGAAUGGGCGCACCUCAAGUUGCUGCUCCCGUUCCUGCUGAUGCUGCUGCAUGCAGCCAACACUGCCAGCCGGAGCAGCAGCAGGGCCAAGGACUGCAGCAGCAGCAGCAGCAGCAGCUGCGCCAGCAACAUUUGCAGUCAGAAAGGCAGCACCAGCAGCAGGAACAGUGGAAUCUGGGGCUCCAGUGACAGCAGCAGCUGCUGCUGCGGCAACGACACCGGCAGCUGCAGCAACUGCAGCGGGAAACCAGCGCAGCAGCCGCAGCAGGAGCUAGGAAGCAGCAGCAGCCCCAGCUGCAAACUCUCACAGCAGGAGGACAGUGGUGGGCAAGUUCAGCAUGGGCCGCAGCAGCAACAACAUCAACUAGUCCAGCAGCAAAUACUGGAGAAGCAGCAGCAGCAGCAGCAGCAGCAGGAGCGCAGACAGCACGGACAUCAGCAGCAGCCGCAGCAGCAGCAAUCCAGCUCAACACCCGCAGGCGCUUCAUCGCCAGAUAUAAAAGGGUCCUGA